AUGCCCUCCUCCAAGAUGGGCAGCGAGUACUGGAUCGACGGCUCCCACCGCGAGACCACGCUGGAGGACUUCUACGUCGUGGGCCCCGAGCUGGGACGGGGAGCCACCUCCGUGGUGUACAGCUGCGAGGAGAAGGGCACGGGCGCCCCGUAUGCUGCCAAAAUACUGAAGAAGACGAUCGACAAAAAGAUCGUGAGGACGGAGAUCGGGGUCCUGCUGCGCCUCUCGCACCCCAACAUCAUCAAGCUGAAGGAGAUCUUCGAGACGCCCUCCGAGAUCGCGCUGGUGCUGGAGCUGGUGACGGGAGGAGAGCUCUUUGACAGGAUCGUGGAGAGGGGCUUCUACAGCGAGCGGGAUGCGGCGCACGUGGUCAAGCAGAUCCUGGAGGCCGUGUCGUAUUUGCAUGAAAACGGAGUCGUCCACCGUGACCUGAAGCCAGAGAACCUGCUCUACGCAGACCUUUCCCCCGACGCUCCCCUGAAAAUCGGUGACUUUGGGCUCUCCAAGAUCGUGGAUGAACAGGACACCAUGAAAACCGUCUGCGGGACGCCGGGGUACUGCGCCCCUGAAAUCCUCCACGGCUGCCCGUACGGCCCAGAAGUGGAUAUGUGGUCCGUGGGUGUCAUCACAUACAUCCUGCUCUGCGGGUUUGAGCCCUUCUUCGACCCGCGGGGGGACCAGUACAUGUACAGCCGCAUCCUCACCUGCGACUACGAGUUCGUGUCCCCGUGGUGGGACGAGGUUUCCCUCAACGCCAAGGACCUGGUUAGAAAAUUGAUCGUCUUGGACCCCCAGAAGAGACUGACCGUCUACCAAGCUCUGGAGCACCCCUGGGUCACUGGGAAGGCCGCUAAAUUUGCUCACAUGGAUAGCACGCAGAAGAAACUGCAGGAAUUUAACGCCAGGAGGAAACUGAAGGCUGCCAUGAAAGCCGUGGUGGCUUCCAGCCGCUUGGGCAACCACGGGCACCACGACUGCUCCAGGAGCGGGCGCAGCCGGGGUGGCCCACGAGGCACGCACCUGCCCCAGGGGCCAGGGAGCGCCGUCCCCGAGGCCACCGCUGCGGCCGAGGACCUCGAGGCUUUUCCUGCCGUGCCCAAGGUCCCCGUGAACGGCGCCAGCUGCAAAAGCUAA